GCUGAUUUUAAUCUGUAUCUGAUCCCCACCCUUUCCACCCGGGUUCGAGUGAGAUGAUCGUCGCUCAUCACGACGCAUAUCUACCGGUGCUGUGUGCGAUGCCGCCCUGCCUUUGACGACCGUUCUUCACCCAAGAUGCUCACCAUACCACUGUCCCUCAUUCUUUUUGCGUCGCAUGCCGCGUCAUGGCAAUUUAAUUUUAACAGCACCGCCGUGGUGAACACUUCUGCCACCGUUACAUGGACGAGGAAUGACGACGAUAGUACAACAACUGGUUUUGGUUUCCGAUUGAGACAACCUGACGUGCUUCCUUCGACGGAGACUGUCCCGUAUUGGUGUAUCUUCGGGGGUGUCGGUGAGACAAAGGGUGCUUUUUUUGUCGAAUUUUUCACUGCAGGAUCGUACAUUGCUGAGGCGAUGCAGAUCGCGGCAAACCAAACGACGAAUUCAUCAAGAGAUAUUCUCGGUUCUAGUGAUAUAAUUAGUGUCCAGCCCACCGAUUCACAGACUCCUCAGUGAGUGAUCAAGCUAAAGGCGGCAUUCAGCCUCAAACCCAGAUGCUCUUCCAGAGACAUGCUCACUCUCAAUUUCGUCGUUAAUACAGCGGUACAAGAAACAAACACUGAAACGUGGGUCACAAUUUAUUUUGAAAUUUCAGUUUCAUCUUCACGAUCUACAGCACGUCGG